AUGAAUGAUUACCAGGACAAGCUAAAGAAGAGGUGUUCAGAAGAGUUGUCUUUUUCCCCCAAACUGGACAAAUAUAAGCUGACAAGAUUUUUAGCAGAAAAGGCAAUCAGGGAAAAGAAAAUUUUUGCCAUUUGUGGACCCUAUCCAGUAAUUCGGGCAAGUUUAAGGAAAAAAGGAUGGGUGGAGAAAAAACUUCCCCUGAAGAAUGAUUUACAGGACAAUACUUAUGAUGCUGAUGAUGAAGGUGACAGGAAGAAUGAAGUGUCCUGCUUUGAAAAGUCAGAUGAUAUUCAUGAUAUAAUGUCUAGGUUGGUAAGAAAUGAAGAGCCAUCCUUUUUUUGGACUAUAAAAAAGGAUGCUGUUAAUUACCGUGACUUACAUUUUGAUCAGAUGCUGAAUCAUUAUGCAAGAACUGGCUCUUUUACAACUAAAAUUGGGCUUUGUUUGAAUCUAAGAAACUUGCCAUGGUACGUGCAAGCUAAUCCAAAUACUUUCUUCCCCCGCUGUUAUGGUAUUUGCAUGGAUGUUGAGAAACAGGAUUUUAUAGAGGACUACAGGAAUACAGCAGCAUCUAACAUACUAAAAUGGGUCGUUAGUUUUAAUGUCUGCAAUAAAAAAACACAGAAGACUAAAGAAAAAGCUAGUAAAGAAGAUGUAGGCCAGAAGAAAGGUUCUGAGUGUUCUGAUGAAGAUGUCAAGCAGCUUCCUGGAAAACUAAUAGACAUGGCUUGCAAUGCAUGUGAGAUCUACCUUGGGCGAAUGGAACACAAGGACAUCGACACAGCAGUGAACUCUUCUGCCACGCUCAAUGAGGAGGAAUGGAAUGAAUUAGUUGAACAGUACUAUUCUCUGAUUCAUGAAGGUGCUGUCAUUUGUAAUGCACAUAAUUACAUUACCCAGUGCCAACACAUUCUCACUAAAAUAAUGUCGGCAAACCCGCAACGAGAUAUAGAUGGUAGCCACAAUAUCUGGAUCAUUAAACCUGGAGCAAAAUCCCGUGGGAGAGAAAUAGUGUGCAAAGAUAGACUGGAAGAUAUUUUGAAGUUAGUAGAAACAACAGAUCAAUGUCCAGUGAAAGACAGUAAAUGGGUGGUCCAGAAAUACAUUGAGACUCCGUUGUUAAUUUAUGAAACUAAAUUUGACAUCAGACAGUGGUUUCUUGUCACUGAUUGGAAUCCUCUGACUGUUUGGUUCUACAAGGAGAGCUACCUAAGAUUUUCUACACAAUGUUUCUCCUUAGACAAUCUGGACAGUUCCAUUCAUCUUUGCAAUAAUUCUAUCCAGAAACAUUACAAAAAUGCUGCAGACCGGAACCUCCUCUUGCCAUGCCACAACAUGUGGACAAGCACCAAAUUUCAGGAGUACUUACAAAAGAGAGGCCAUGGGAGUAUGUGGCAAAAUGUUGUCUACCCAUCCAUGAAAAGAGCCAUUUUCUACACAAUGAAGAUGGCUCAAGAUAAAGUUGAAGCCCGGAAGAACAGUUUUGAGCUAUAUGGGGCAGACUUUAUUCUUGGGCAAGACUUUAAACCCUGGUUAAUUGAAAUCAAUACUAGCCCAACUAUGUUCCCUUCUACUCCAGUUACAACUGAGCUAUGUGGCCAAGUGCAAGAAGAUUCACUUAAAGUUGUUCUUAGCAGGAAAUUUGACAAAAACUGUGAUACUGGCAAAUUUGAACUUCUCUGGAGACAGCCUCUCUUGGAGCUGCCGCCAUUUAACACUACUGACCUUGCAGUGGAGGGAACUGGUAUUAGGCGAUGCAGGCAGAAAGUUGCCCCUGUCACUAACUAUAAUGUUCUAGAAACAUUAGCAGGAGUUCAGCAAGAAUCAGUCCCAUAUCACUCAGCCAAUCAUGAGAAACAAAUACAGUCAAUAAUAGCUGCAAAUGAGAAGCAAAAUCUGAAAGAUCCAAAGUCUAUUGUCUACGCUAUAUCUAAGCCUCUAAAGAGGCAGCCAGAGAAAAGCAUUCAAGUGAGUGAUGUGCCCACACAGUGCAUUGGGCACACAGAUUUUGCCAGCUUCAUUGUUCAACCUACACAAAGUAUUGCAGAGACAAAUCCUGCACCUCAUAUGAACAGGGCAAAAGGAAAAAUUGAUCCAAACUUUUGGAGAGUAAGCCAAACUGCUCUUCCCUUUCAAGUUAUGAAUUCCUUCAACCGAAAAUUACCACGGUCUUCUAAAACAUCAGGUAAUAACUUGUUUAGGCAUACUACACUGUAA